CUUCAUCUCUACAUCUGACAGAUCAUGAUGUAUUGGUACUCCUAUAUCAGUUUAUGCAUAUUCUGUGUGUCUCAGUCGGUCAUGGCUUUUAACAUUGAUCCUGCCAGCUGGAAAACUUUCACUGGACCUUCACAGAGCCAAAAUGUUGCCUUUGGCUACAAGGUGAUACAGAAAGACGCAUCAAGUCUGAUCGUGAGCGAUCCUUUAAUUCAAAUCAACCAGGAUAAAAGAGGACAAAUUUAUAACUGUGAUGUCGCACAAGAAACCUGCUCACAACUGAACAUUAAUGUGCCCUCAGAAGCUGUCAACAUGUCUCUGGGACUCUCCAUGGUUCAACAUCCACAAUCUUCAAAGCUGGCAAUUUGUGGUCCUACCAUUCCAAAGGAUUGUAAAACAGCUACCAACUACAGGGGCAUGUGCUUUAUUGGGACCAGCAGGGGUUUUGAACCACCAAUACCCAAAUCCAAAUACAGAGACUGUCUUGGUCAGGUUGACAUAGCUUUUCUGCUAGAUGGCUCUGGGAGUAUAGGAAUUGUUGAUUUUACAGUAGUGAAGUAUUUUGUGAUAAACGUGAUCAGACGUUUUACUGAGCGGGAUGCACAGUUUGCCAUUGCACAGUACUCCUUUGACUGUGAAAUUCACUACAGUUUCAAUGACCUCAAAUUAGAUGACGGCACCUGGGAGUCUAAAGUGGCAAAUAUUCCAUAUCGUGAAGGUGGCACUUAUACUGCACAUGCCAUCCAAAAGCUUGUGAAUGACCUCUUUACACCAAAUGGAGGGACAAGGCCAUCAGCAAAAAAAAUCUUGGUUGUUAUUACUGAUGGAGAGUCCCAUGACAGGUACUUAUUGAAAGAUGCAGCAUCACAGGCAGAGGCAAAGAGCAUUGUCCGAUUCGCGAUUGGAGUUGGCAAUGCUUUUAAUAAUUACUACGCAAAAGAAGAGUUGAAUACAAUUGCUUCUGAUCCAGAUAGUGAUUAUGUGUUUCAAGUGACAGACUUCAAUGCACUGAAUAACAUUCUUCAAAAGUUGGAAGAGAACAUUAUUGCCAUUGAAGGAACCCAGACUUCAGGAGAUUCUUCCAGAAUGGAGUUUGCUCAGGAUGGAUUCAGCACAGCUUUCACAUCAAAUUUUUACUUAGAUCAGGGAAGUGUGUUGAUGAGUGCUGUUGGAGCUUUCCAAUGGAAGGGUGGAUAUCAGGAAAGUUCCCAAGAAGACUCCUUUCAAACAGGCAGUGAGCACGAAAGCUAUCAAGGUUAUUCGAUGGCUGUUGCAACAGUUUCACGGAUCAGCUUUGCUAUUCUAGGAGCCCCAAGAUACCAGCAUAGAGGACAAGUCACUAUAUCCAGAAUGAGAACCAACGAAGUUCAAACUCUGGACUCGCCUACGCCUCAGAUUGGCUCUUAUUUUGGAGCCGAGGUGUGUGUGGUGGAUUUGAACAGUGACUCGAAUACAGACCUGCUUCUGGUAUCAGCACCAACAUACAUAGAGUCUGAGCGAGAGGGGAGAGUGUUUGUUUAUACUUUCACAUCUUGGUCAAGGUUAUUUUUUUCUGAUGUAGUGCUGGUGGGCAUGGCCGGUCAAUGGGGUCGCUUCGGCUCUUCUCUAGCCAGUCCAGCAGAUCUGAAUGGUGAUGGUUUUAUGGAUGUGCUGGUUGGUGCUCCUUUAGAGGAGGAAGGACAGGGCAGCAUCUACAUCUUUAAUGGACGAGAUGGAGGGAUCAUUUCAUCAUACUCCCAGAGAAUUGCUGGAUCAUCUGUGCAGUCAGGAUUGCAGUACUUUGGUGUUUCAUUAAGUCAAUCUUCUCCAGAUCAGACUGCAGAUAGCCUUCCUGACAUUGCUGUUGGGUCCAAAGGAGCAGUUCUGCUUCUCAGGUCCAGACCCAUCAUGCUUUUGGAAACAAUGGUUUCUUACAGCCCAUCCAAAAUAUCAACUAUUCAAAAGGACUGCUUAAUACCAUUGCAAACCACUCUGACCGUGUGCUUCACCAUGAAAGGAUACAGGCAUCACAGAAGAGAUUUGAAUGCAAAAAUUGCUUACAACAUAACCCUGGAUGCUAAGAGACAGGCAUAUCGAGCAUUCUUCUCAGCCAAGGACAGUCUUCACAGUGAUGUGAUUAUCAUUGGGAAUACAGAAGCUUGCAAUAAUCAUAAUUUCUCAAUAGAGGCUUGUCCAGAAGAUGCCCUGAAUCCAUUGUCCAAUCUGUUAAAAUUCACCUUCGAGGGUCUGCCAUCUCCUCAAAUGCAAAACCUGACGCCAAUACUGCUGCCCGAGAUAAAGACCACCUCAGAUCACAAUCUGGAUUUUGAGAGAGAAUGUGGAGAAGAUAAUGUAUGUGUUGACGAGCUCAGAGUAGAUUUCAAUUUCUCUGGAUCUACUAAUAUAGAAGUGGGGAUAAUGCAGGAGAUCAAUGUGAAAGUGCUUGUCGAGAACAGAGGAGAAGAUUCAUACAACACACACUUCACCCUCAAUUACCCUUAUGGAUUUUCAUACAGGAGAAUCACAGUGAAACAGGGUAGAGUAGAGUGUUCGUCUCUGGAUGGAGAGCAAGGGGUUCGACUGGGAGAAACUGAAUGCGCCAUCAGUAAACCCAUCCUCAAGGAUAAUACUACGGUUGUGUUUGAGAUUACAUACAGUAUUAAUAGAGAUGUUACACAGGGCCAAAACGUGACAUUCAGCGCUUCAGUCAAGAGUGGAAAUGACCAACACUCAAAAGAUAGCGAGUCAUCCAAAGAGAAAAGCAUCGAUGUGAAAUAUGGCAUCUAUGUCGCAUUGAUCCGGCAUGAAAGUUCCACCAUCCACAUUAACUUUACUUCAGGGAAGAAGGAUCUUUCAAAACCCGUCCAGCAGACAAUAAAGAUUGAAAAUGACCUCAGGCCAUUAGCUUUCACAGCUUUCGUCAGAGUACCAGUGAAACUUGGUGAUACCGACAUCUGGAAAAAUUCUACUUUGCAGGUUUCUGACUGUCUGAGCAAUACAGAGGAGGAACCGAAUAUCACUAAUUUUAUGGAUGAUAUUAAAAGACAUCAUGUGCUGAACUGCAGUGUGGCAGUGUGUGCAGUGUUCAUCUGUGACGUCAAUCUCAUAAAGAAUGAAAGAAAGCUCUAUAAUAUAACUGGCAAUGUGAGCUCUGCAUGGAUUGAGCAGACUGGACUCAAAAGCGCUGUGUUUGAGCUGGUCAGUACAACCACUAUGGAUUAUGACAUGAACACAUAUGUUUUCUUUUCCUCGGAUUCCAGAAACACGGCGCCGUCUUUACAGAUUAGCACACAAGUAGAAGUGUAUGAGGAGGCGGACAUGACAAAGGAAAUCAUCGGAGGAGUGAUAGGAGGUCUUCUGCUGCUGGCUCUCAUCACUGUGGCUCUCUAUAAGGUUGGGUUCUUCAAAAGCCAGUACAAGCAGAUGCUGAAGGAGGCUAAGAGAAAUGAAGCGCCACAAUAAUGUGCAGUCAAAGAGAUAUGAGAUACUGAUUGAGUUCUAUGGGAUUUAGAGUCACACAUAUUUAACCCUUGAACUCGCGCCACAGUUUUUGAACAUAGACGUGAAAAUGUCAUGUUCAGCUUGAAUGAAAGCCAAUCUUCAACACUUUGGUGCAUAGAUUUAAGUUUGGUCUAAUUUUAAAGAAGACAGAUGUCAAAUUUUAGUUGUUAUGUUUAUGUUUAUUUUGUUAUGUUUAGUUAUUUUUAUGAAUUUGUGUUUUGAAUAAAUAUGUAUUUUAUUAAACCAGUUAACCAAAUCAAAGCUAAACAUGUGAACAAAUUAUAUUCCAAAUUUAAAAUCUCAAAAAAUUAUCUGCCUAUAUGUAAUAUCGAUGAGUAAUAUGUUGUUCGGCCGCAGUACCAAACAUGACCACUAGAUGACAUCCAGUUUCCAUUGUUGACCAUACAAGGGCGCCCCCUUUGUUUUGAGGAACAUAGCCAUAUUUUAUUCAUACUAAUGGCUAUAUUCGCAAAGUAGACAUACAAUUCUAAAGUAAUAUAGGAAGUUUGGUAGUAUUUGAUUGGAAUUUAACCUCUAAAACGUGGAUUGCUGUAGCAAAGUAAUGCUUCACGACUUCACAAUAAUUAUCCUUGUUGGAAAUUGAUAAAUCACUUUU